AAGAAAUUGCGUGUACUUUAAUUAAUGAAGUUGUUUAAUUGAAUAGUUUUUUUAACGAAUUUGUGAUUAUCGUAUCGUUACAGUAGUUUGGUUUUAAGACGAUUACGUGAUGAGUCAUCGAAUUGUGUGUGAAGACAACAAAUGAGUCUCAAAGGCAACUGAGUAACAACGACAACUGAAAUAUUACAAAAUUCUCAGUGAACUUUUGUGGUUACGCACGAACGGUAGUGAUUCCAUAAUGAUUCCAAAUUCUAUGUGAUUCAAACAUAAAAACCAAGCUACCACUAAAUAGCGUGUUGUUAUGAAGUUAUUUCAUAGAUCUGUGACGUCAUCUUGACAUUUAAGUUUCGUAGUUUUUGUGUUUUUUUUUUGGAUUCGCUCGACUUUUUUUUAUUUUUUAAAAACAUUUUACAACAAAAAUCACUUAGUGCGCUUAAAGCAGGUACAAACUACGUCGACCAUUUGCUGCUGCUUGCAUUUGAUAAGUCAACAUAAUUUUGUCGAUGAUAUCUGAUUGCAGUGACAUCAAAACAUGUUAUCAUAUUCUAUAUUGGCACCAGCAUAAAAUUUCGUUUAAGUGAUUAUUCGGCGAAACAAGUUGAGUUUGAAGAAAAAAUAAUAAAGCAGACAAAAUUUCACGAAGAAGUUUCGCAAGUUCAGCUAAAAAAAGAAACAAAAAAAGGAAAUCGUGAAACGUAACUAAUAAAUAAAUAUAAAAUAAAAAAGAAGAGAAUUUCAUAAAAAUGGGCUCAAUAUUAGCUAAAGGAAAUGACAAUUUAAACAACAACAAUGGAAAUGAUCGCCACGAUAUAUUCAUGGAUUGUCAUAGUGACAUCAUGGCCUCACCGUCGUCGACAUUAAUCUCAAAUCACAUUCGACAGCCGAGCAUUCGAAGCAGAAACCUUCAGCCAAUGCCAAAUGCUUCAGAGCUUGAUCGGAGAUUCGCGAAAGUAUUGCAAUCGAUGGAUUUACCACCUGAUAAGGCAAAAUUGUUGAAGAAUUAUGAUAAUGAGAAGAAAUGGGACAUCAUUUGUGAUCAGGAAAUGGUGCAAGCAAAAGAUCCUCCAUCACAUUAUUUAACAAAAUUGAGAACAUAUCUCGAUCCAAAAGCAUCGCGAAGUCAUCGGAAACGUAAAAUUGUGGGUGAGUCAACAUCAACGCAAGUUCUUCGUGAUCUUGAGAUUUCACUUCGUACGAAUCAUAUUGAGUGGGUGAAAGAGUUUCUGGAUGAUCAAAAUCAAGGAUUAGAUGCACUCGUCGACUACCUCAGCUUCCGAUUACAAAUGAUGCGAUAUGAACAGCAAAUACAAGACAGUCUCGAUGAUUCACAUGAACGAUUGUCGAGUGAACCUUUAAGAAAUAGCACAGGAAAUAUCAACAAUAACAACAAUAAUAACAAUACAAGCAACAGUCCACACAGUUCAUCACAAAAUCGUCUAACGAUGAUUUCAACAUCGACUCGUCCGGAAUUGAAUGAAAUGUUGAGUAGUCCAAGCACAAAACGAAGAUCACGACACAUUCAGAAGCUUAACAUGGGAACGACGACCGAUGACAUUCAUGUUGGUAUCAUGUGCUUACGUGCCAUAAUGAACAACAAAUACGGAUUUAAUAUGGUCAUUCAACAUCGUGAAGCCAUCAAUUGCAUUGCACUUAGUCUCAUUCACAAAUCGUUGAGAACGAAAGCUUUGGUAUUGGAACUUCUUGCUGCCAUUUGUCUUGUGAAAGGUGGACAUGAAAUCAUAUUAUGUGCCUUUGAUAACUUUAAGAAAGUGACUGGUGAAACGAAAAGAUUUGAGACACUUCUCGACAUGUUCAUCAACUACGAAGUGUUUAAAGUUGACUUUAUGGUUGCAUGUAUGCAGUUUAUGAACAUUGUUGUUCAUUCUGUUGAGGAUAUCAAUUAUCGUGUUCAUCUGCAAUAUGAAUUUACGGCACUUGGACUAGACGAUUAUCUUGAGAAACUCAGAUUAACCGAAUCUGAAGAGCUUCAGGUUCAAAUUUCAGCUUAUCUUGAUAAUGUGUUCGAUGUGUCAGCUUUGAUGGAAGAUAGCAUCACGAAAACAGCAGCUUUGGAGAGAAUAAACGAACUGGAAGAUGAUUUAGGACGUGCCAGUGAUAGAAUCGCUGAGAUUGAACGAGAAACUGCAUUCAACAUUGCCAAUCUUCAAACAGAGUUGCAAAGAGUUCGAAUGGAACGCGAUGAGUUGCUUCAGAAGCAACAAAUGUUUGACGAUGAAGUCAAUAAAUUGAGAAUGAUGGUUCAGAAACACGAACAAGAAUCAAAGUCAAGAGAAUCAAUGUUACUUGAAUUGGAGAACUUCUCAAAGACAUUGCCGAAAGGAACGUCAUGGCAAGAUGUGUCAAAUCUUCUUGCAAAGGGAGGAAAAUUAAGUGACAUAAGUCCAAGACAUGAAUCAACAACAAAAACGACAACAGAAGUCAAAGUGAAUCCUAGUCCUGCUGCACCAGCACCACCUCCACCUCCUUUACCCAAUGCAACAAAAUCCCCACCACUUGCACCUCCAGCGCCACCAAAACCAAAUAGCAGCAACAUUCCACCCCCACCCAUGCCAGGCAUGAUGCAAGCUCCACAUGGUGCAAUGACAAUUAAAAGAAAAGUUCAAACAAAAUAUAAAUUGCCAACACUUAAUUGGCAAGCACUGAAGCCGAAUCAAGUGCGUGGCACAAUCUUCAAUGAACUUGACGAUGAAAAGCUUCACAAAACAAUCGACUUUGUUGACUUUGAAGAGAAGUUUAAGAUUGGAAUUGGAAUUGGGGCACUUGCAUCGUCAGAACUUGAUGGUUUAGCGAGAGAUUUCUCAAGCAAAAGAUUUAAGAAGCCUGAAAACAUUUCACUUUUGGAGCAUACAAGAUUAAGGAAUAUUGCAAUUUCUCGUCGAAAACUUGAAAUGAGUUAUGAAGCAGUCAUUAAAGCAAUUAAUAAUUUAGACUUGAAGACGCUGUCACUUGAGAAUGUUGAAUUGUUACAGAAAAUGAUUCCAACCGAGCAAGAGACGAAGCUUUAUAAAGAUUUUGUGAUUGAGAAGAAGAACAUAAAUCUACUGACGGAAGAAGACAAAUUCAUGUUGAAUCUCACAAAAGUUGAAAGAAUUGCUUCGAAGUUAUCGAUUAUGAAUUACAUGGGAAAUUUCUUUGAUAGCAUUCAUCUCAUAAGUCCGCAAAUCUACUCAAUUAUUUCCGCUUCAACGUCGGUUAAAUCAUCAAAGAAGUUCAAAGCACUGUUGGAAGUGAUUUUAGCAUUUGGGAAUUAUUUGAACAGUAGUAAACGUGGGCCCGCUUAUGGUUUUAGAUUGCAAAGUCUGGAUACCUUGCUGGACACAAAAUCAACUGAUAAGAAAAUUUCUUUGCUUCAUUACAUCGUCGCAACAAUUCGACAGAAAUUCCCCGACUUACUCAACUUUGAUUCAGAGCUUUUUUGCAUUGAUAAAGCAUCACAAGUGUCGCUUGAGAAUGUCAUCACUGACGUUAGUGAGCUGGAGAAGGGAAUGGAUGUUGUUCGAAAGGAAGUUGAACAGCGUGGCAAAAACACUCAAAAUCUCGUACUGAAAGAUUUUCUCACAAAUUCUGAAGAAAAAUUAAAGAAAAUUAGCGCCGAUACAAAAGUAGCACAACAAAGCUUUAAAGAAUGUCUUGAAUUUUUCGGUGAAUCCUCUAGAAAUCCAGAUGCAAAUGCAUUCUUCUCCCUCUUGGUUCGUUUUGUCAAAGCCUUUAAGACAAUCGAUCAAGAGAAUGAACAACGACGUCGUCUCGAACAAGCUGUCGCUCUUGCAGCAAGCAAAAAAGAAGAUGAAGCUCAGGUGAUGUUAAGAAAUAAAACAAAUCAAAAGAAGCAACAGGAUGCUGUUAUAUCUGAGUUGAAACAACAAACAAAUGCCAUUCGAGAGAAGAAGUUGUUGCAACAAGAAGACGUUUACAAUGGUGCAUUAGAAGACAUUCUGCUAGGAUUGAAGUCUGAGCCAUAUCGAAGAGCAGAUGCUGUAAGGAGAAGUCAAAGGAGAAGGAUUGACAGUAAUCGAUAUUCAAGAUCUUUGGAAGAAGAUUUUUAGAAAAGCAAAAAUUGAGAGAGAAAAGCUUAAAAGACAAAUUUUUAUUAUUAUUUUUCCAUUUUCUUCAUGUAUUGAUUACAACAAAGAGAAAUGUUUUCAAUUAUUAAUAAUUUCUUACCUUUUGUCGAAUAGUAAAAACAAAAACAACAUGCAAUAAUCUCAUAAAAGCUUUUAAGUUAUUUCCUAAAUAGUUUAAGCAUCUUAGUGUGCGAUAAAAGAAAAGAAAAAGGAUGAAAAAUUUCUACGCUAAAGCGAUUAGGAAAGCCAAUUUUCACAUUUACAUUUCCAUUUAUCAACCUUUUUUCUUUUCUUUUCUUUAUUUUCUGAUGGAACGAUAGCGGAAAGCAUGAAACGCGGAUAUAUAAAAGAAAAUAAUAGAAAUCUAUUCUGCUAAGUUGUUGUUAUGGAAUUGAAGCAACCACCAUUAGAAAAGAUGUUUAAUGUUUUAAAACUAUUUGCAUAAAAGCACAAACUUUCUUCUUUUGAAAGAAGAUUCGCUUGUCGAUGUCAAAUGCAAUCAAAAUAAAAAUAUAAAAUAAAAUAAAAUUCUUUCAAAAAGUGAUUCAACAUUGAUGAGUUUAG